UUCAAUUUGGCUCCAGCCUCUGUCUGUUUUGUAGCGGAGCUCGAUUCCUCGUUGUAAAGCUCCCCCUUGGGUCCCUUUCAUUCAGCAGAGACGGAAGAAGAUGAAAAGGAGCGGGUGAGGUGGGAAGGAGGAGUAAGGAGAGAGGAAACCACACCAAGCGGCGGAUAUUAACAAGCAAAAUCUUGUAUUUGAGAGUAUCCAACAGGAAGAGCGGAGAGGGAGAGAUGGCUUUGUGUCGGAGAGUCCUGAAUGGAUGGAUUCCAGUCAGCAGACAGACUGUGCUGGUCAGCCGGAGGUGGGCAGCGAAAAAUGGCCCAAGACAGCUCUUCCAUUUAAGACAAUGUAGAAUGACCUUUUACAGCACCCUGGUAUCAUCUGAUGAGGUAACUGUUGAAUACAAGCAUGGUUUUCCCAUAAUCUCCAUCACACUACCCUCCAGAAAAGAGCGUUGCCAGUUUCUGGUGAAACCAUUGUUGAUGAAUGUUGGAGACCUUCUUAAGGACUUGAAGAAUGAGGAUCGAGGCAUCAACAGUGCUGGAAUAUUUUCAGAAGAUGGCACUAGAGUUUCAGCCACGACACCAAUCACUGUUUUAUUAACAAAGAACUUUGAACUGGUUAUUAAUGAAACAAAGUAUUUUGUAAAGCCCCCAACAAAAGACCAUGUAAGCAGUGAGCAUUCUGUAGAAAUGGAUGAUGUAAAGAACCUCGUUCACAGGCUUUACAUAGCACUACAUACAGAAGAUCACCAACUGCACAAAGAGGGGGAGCUGCUGGAGAAACUGGAAAAUCUGAAAGGAGAGCUGCAGGAUCUUGAACAGGUAAAGUCUCAGUUAUUUCUGAAGGCUGAAGCUAAAUCCAGUCGAUUGAUGUGGAUUGGUCUGGCACUUAUGUCCACUCAAGCUGGAGCACUUGCCUGGUUAACAUGGUGGGUCUACUCCUGGGAUAUAAUGGAGCCAGUCACUUACUUCAUCACAUAUGCAAGUUCUAUGGCCUUUUAUGCAUACUUCCUGCUCACACGCCAGGAUUGUGUUUAUCCUGAUGUGAAAGACAGACAGUUCCUUCAUUACUUUCAUCGAGGUGCCAAAAGAAACAGCUUUGACAUAGAGAAAUACAACAAAAUCAAGGAGGAGCUGGCUGAGGUAGAAAAGAAUCUCAGACGACUGCGUAACCCUUUGCAACUGCAACUUCCAAUCGAACAAGUAAAUGGCAAAGACUAAAAUGAUUCUGUAGCUGAUGGGGACACAAACUUGGGAGCCAUGCUUCAUUAUGACCUUGACCUCUUCACCAGUACAACAUUUAGAUUUAAUCACAGUGCCUACAGGCAGGUGUUCACCUGUCUGUUUUAGUUCUUUAUUUAUUUCUAUUUAAAAACUGAUUUGAUUUUUGCGUAAUACCCUUUUUGCAGUUUGUGUGGCAUUCUUUCACUGAAGUGCUCAUGGAACUGAUCUGCUUUAAACUCUGCUAUUGAUGCUCACCUUCCUCCCUUACUAUCUCUCCUCCCCAGUCUUUUGUUUCUGACCCCAAUCCUUCAAAUAAGAAGCUCUGACAAUUAUCUUACACUGAAACACUCACAAUAGUGAGUGUGGUCUAUUACAUAACGUUUGAAAUUUGUGAUAAAAACAAAAAACUGCAGAUGCUGGAAUUUUGAAAUUUGUGGUUGAGUUGCUGCAAACUGCAGCUUUAGUGCCAGUGUUGUGAUUACAAAGAAGUGCCUCUCCUUUGCACUGGGAAGACUGGCAGUCUUGUAAAAUGUACAAUGGUUAAAAUACUAACUUGUGCAGAAGCAUGAUUAAUUGGUGAAGGGGUUAACAGUUUUUGCAGCGGGAAGAGCAACUUUUAUGAAGCUUUAAAUAAUUACAGUAAAUGAAUCUCCUUGAAAGCUUGCGACAGAAUACUUUGGCACUUUGGGAUUCAAGUACUUUGGAUUACAUUGGGAUGUUGGCCAAAGUGAGUUCAGUCUAAUGAGGUGUGCUGUAAAGGGUUUUCAUGGGUUCAUUCAUGUUGAAAUCUGGGAAACUGUUAGCACUUGAUGCUAUUUUUCUAAUGCACCCAGUUAUUGUAAUACCAAUGGGAUUUGGACAGUGCGUCAGGUUGCUCACUUGUACCAUUUUGCAGUGAGAAAAGUCACUGCACAUACUUUCAAAUGUCUGAUGCAGCCUGGCCUCUAAUUGUUGUCAUGCUCUACUACUUCCUUGGAAAGGAGCUGAGAGACUUACUGGGUAGAAUUCAAAUAAUGUUUUUAUUUUUCCAUUUCAAAACAGCUGUACAUGCCAUUUGUGAAAUGCAAAAAUAUUGAUGCAAGUUGACUCUUUAGAUUUUGUCUUGCUUUUUCCAAUACUGUCUCAUACUAGACAACUCGAUGUUUCCUUUCAGUACUGAUGCCAAAGGUGGCAUUGAAAGGCAGUAUUAUUUGUACCAAAAUAAUAAAGUGCGGUAUUUAAACUUGCUCUGCCUCAGUCAUGGAUGAAGACUUUCUCUGUGCCAAAUAUUGUGAUGCGUCUUAAAGAAGACCUAUUCGAAAUUAUUCUUUUUUUUCCCAUUAGUUCUGAAAGAAUUCAUUUUGAAAUCCUUCCAUUGUAUUUUUAAAAUGUACUUCUCUCCUGAUUUAGCCAGCAGCUUUAGGCCUUGUGCAUCCUCUUCUCAUUGUCAAGCUCCCACAAAGGUUGGGUUUUUAACGUUAUGUUUUCUUGGCAGAUGGGAAGUUGAAUAUUAUUUGUUGUCUCGUCUUCCACCCUCAAGCCAUGUGUAGCACUCUCAAAUUGUGAAUUAUUUUUGUCCUGCUGUUCCCAUUCUUUCUCCCUUUCAACUUUGCUUCCAGUUUGAAGAUGGUAUACUUUAUUUUUAUUUGGUUAAAAAUGGUCUGCACUGUUCUUCAGUCAAUUAAAAUCUAAUAAAUGUUGAAAAAUGCCUUUGGCAUGUUUAUGUCGUCAAAAUGAGGAGCUGCUGCCAUUCUUUCAGUGCCUCAGAAGAGUAUCUGGCCAAGUAAACCUGCCUGUAGCAUUCAUGACUAAUACCAAAUAGUUGGUCUUGUGGUUAGUGUUGAUAGCUGAGUUAAAGGCUGGAUGGACCUUAUCAGAUUUCUUUCAUUAGAGAGGGAGGUAGGAAUUCAAUUACUUCCUGCUUGUCAGGUAAGAUUGCUCCCAUGUCCUUUCUCUCUCAGAGAAGUGUCCCAAAUACAAAUCAGACACCAAUGCUUUACAAUUAUGAUACCUAUAGCUCAUGAGGCAGGCAGAGCAUGGCUAUUAUUUGAUAGUGAAACAAGGAUUAUAUUAGAAUAAUGCAAUAAUCCAUGUGCGGUUUAGUACUGUCCAGAAAAAUGUAUAGAAAUGAAUGAAAGUGACCAUGAUCUGCUUUAAUAAAAGCUGUACUGUUACACUAUAAUGGAAAUUUGCUGUUUCCUAAUUUUCAUACGUAUAAAGGUUGAGUCUUUGGAGGACCUUUUACCCUCUCCCAUUGUCACAAUGAAAUUUGUGAAUGUGCAUCUUGUAUGUCACUCCAGCUCACAGAAUGCAGUGCCCAAAUUGUAACCAUAUCUCUAAGGGUGUCUCUGUCUUAGACUUUUUCCUCUUGUAAUAUGAUAAUUAUGAAAAAUGCACAGAUUUUUUUAUCUAUAAUGUACUUCAAACAAAGAAUGGUAUGGUGUCUACUUCAUUUCCUGCCUCCUCUCCCUAGUGGCAGGGAACAGCAGAUGAUAUUCAACGCUGCAGUACUGAGUUUGUAAGGUAUAAGUUUUGUUUUGUUCCAAUAUAUUUGAAGCAUUCUUGUUCAAAGAAAAAUAAACCAGAUGAUCAGUG